AGAUCUACCAUUCUGUCGGAGAGGAAGUACACCCUCUGCUGCAGACAAGUUUUUCCCUUAAUGAGGAACUUGGUUGAUUUGUUCACUACCUGAUCAUUUUCCGCCUGUUCAGAUAAGAAUGAGUCACGCGGAGCUGUGUCGGCGCUGCCUGAUGGCGUACACGGCGAUCCUCGUCGCGCUCUCUGACGUCUACCUCUUCUCGAACUGGGGCAUGCACAGCAGCUACGUCGCGGUGCGGGAGGAGAUGCUCGCCCACACCGACGGCGCCGGUGACUUAGAGGGCGUUGCCUUCGCCGAGUCUGGCGGGGCGGAGUAUCUGCUGGUGCUCCUCUACUUCAUCUUCCACGUGGUUAUUUUAGCUUUGGUGCUCGCAGGCCGGCGACGCAAUACCGUGAUGACUGUGGCGUGCGCCAUGCUGCUGGCCUGCUCGGUGAUGUACAUCCUCUUCUACGGCUGCCUCCUCCUGCAGGCUCGGCUGGAGCGGCAUCAGUCGUUGACGAGCCCGAACGGGGUGCCUAUGCGGAAGCCGGACAAGCCGGCGCCGUAUAAGCUCACGGCGCAGGACGUGGACCGCACCAUUGCCUCGGGGAGUGCAGGCGCAGAGGCGGUGGUGGACACGGCUCCUCCCGGCCAGCGCGAAGGCACGUGUCAGGGAAGUGGCGGGAUGGGCUCCGGCGCGGCUCUGUCCUACUCCGAGAUGGCGUGGACCGUGCUGGAGACGUUGGUGGACGUUUUAGCGGCGAUUGUGGCCGGUCCGGAGGAGGAGAACGAUGACGCGGCCGGCGUGCAGCGCUACCACCCCGACGGGAUGCCCAUUGGCCCUACCCCGCCGUUCGCCUCCAUUCGUCGGACGAGUUUGCUGCUGAUGAGCGUGGUGGGCUUCGUGCUGUCCUUGUGGGGUGUGAUGACCUUUGAUUUGGGUUCGGAGAGCGUUGCCCGUGCGUCGAACCCGGGGCUGACCGCGUCGGCUCUUUCGCAGCUGUCGUCCUCGCCAGCAGGGGCGACAGGACGCAACGGGCGGCAGGACAGGUCUGACGAGCGCCGCCGUGCGCGCGUUGCUACCGCAACGCAGGAAGAGCUGGCAACUUCGGCUGCGACAGAUCCAAAGAAGAAUCAAUAG